UAUUUUAAAAUAAAUCUUAAAAAUAAACUUGAUACAUUUUUCAUGGUUUUAUUAAAAAAACGGUUGAUUCGUCGGGGAACUCGCGACACUUUAGGAAACCAUCAAAUAAAACCCCAAAAGGCGGAAUUUUUGGGCGCCGGAAAAACACGCUGAGAUCUGCCGGUGUCUGCGUGUCGUGGUUUGAGAUAAAUGUGUCCUCAUCCACGCGUGUUUGUGCAGCGAUAAACGGGAAGAGUGAUGAGUGUCACGCCCCUGACGGCUGUGCAAAAAACAAUAACUCUCGGAUCUUACGCGUUAUUCGGGACAGUAGAAGAACUUUAUUUUUACGCAUUAAGUUCUAGAUCCACAUUUUAGGUCCAGUUCUGAUCCGGCUCCAAUAGAUCCACUGUGUCUGAUGAAAAAGUGCGCAAAUCUUUGUAAUCCAACCAGCUAUGUCCCUCCACGCGCGCCACUCGUGCCACCAGAUUGCAGGCGCGUGAAGGCAAAAAAACUGCGCGGCGUUACGCUCGGACGCCUCCUUUGUGGCCCAGAAAUAAACCUGCAGUCUGAAAAGCUCCAGACAUCAAGCUCAUUUUUAAACCCCCUUGAUUUUUUGGUUUUUAAAUAAUUGUAUCAGCCAGCAGGUUUUGGUUCAUUUAUCCAAAAAUGUUAGUCAGAUUUGUGCACGUGCAGAUGACGCGGCCUUCCUCUGAUAUGGACUCGUUUCCAGACUCCUCUUCCUCCUUUUUGCGCCCUUUUACGCAGAGGCUCUGAUGAACUGGAGGAACCAAGAAUAAUCGGGGUGAAUAAAGUUUGCUUUUACACGGAAAUCAGAGGCCACGUGUUUCCUCUUCAUCCCUCCUGCUAUGCCAACAAGAGCCGCGGCUGCGCGCAAUUAAACAAAUAUUGUGUCGUUUUGCGGCUCUGUAUUAAAUCAGUAUAUUUUAUUGGGCGUAAUUUGGAGGAGAAAUCAAAGCCAAUUACAAGAAUGAGGAGGAAUGAACUUGUGGGAUGUGAGAGAAUGGGGGGGAAAGGAAGAGGAGGAGAGGGAGGAGGAGGAAGAGAGGAGCUCCGGCAGCAGCUCUGAUUGGUCCUCCUUUGCAGGAGCUCGUGGCUUCACUCUGCCGUUAAGCGCCUCCCCGUUCCUCUAAACUACAUUAUAAUGCAACCAAGCUCCCUUUUUAACCACAAACCGAAUUUGCUUUCAUUUACGCGAUAUAUAUUCCUUAAAUAGGUUAAAGUCGUAGAGAUUUUUUUUAUUUAUUUAUUUGGUACUGGGGAGGGAGAAUAGCGUUUCGCCCUGGAGCGGUGCGCAAUGCUCUCUCACGCCGACCUCCUGGAUGCUCGGCUCGGUGAGUUAUCAUCACCCAACUCCGCUCUUCAAUUCUGCUGGAUGAAGGAUGCCGCGGCGGAGCUUCUGGGCCACCGGGAGGCUCUGAAGUGCCGGCUCGGAGGCGGCGGGGGAAGCGGUCCGGACCCGGGGCACUCCGGGGAGCUCGGCCCGGGUCCGGACGGCGUGGAGGGAGCCACGAUGCUCCCCGGCGAUGACAUCAGCGGCGGCGGCGGUGGCUCCAACCCGGUGCAGGUGAACGGUAAGGAGCAGGACAAGCAGCAGCAGCAGCAGAACAGCAACCCCAACCAGGGUGGGGGGCAGCAGACCCAAAAACAAAAGCGCCACCGGACCCGCUUCACUCCGGCGCAGCUCAACGAGCUGGAGAGGAGCUUCGCCAAAACGCACUACCCGGACAUCUUCAUGCGCGAGGAGCUGGCCCUGCGGAUCGGCCUAACGGAGUCCAGAGUGCAGGUUUGGUUCCAGAACCGACGCGCCAAGUGGAAGAAGCGCAAGAAGACCACCAACGUGUUCCGCGCGCCGGGGACGCUCCUGCCGACGCACCACGGGCUGCCGCAGUUCCCCUCGGCCGCGGCGGCGGCGGCGGCCAUGGGCGACAGCCUGUGCUCCUUCCACGCCAACGACACCCGCUGGGCCACGGCGGGGAUGCCCGGCGUGUCGCAGCUGCAGCUGCCGCCCGCGCUGGGCCGCCAGCAGGCCAUGGCGCAGUCGCUGUCCCAGUGCAGCCUGGGCGCGGGGCCUCCACCCAACUCCAUGGCUCUGUCCAACAUGUCGUCGAACGGAUCGGGCCUGCAGUCGCACCUGUACCAGCCCACCUUCCCGGGAAUGGUUCCCGCGUCGCUGUCUGGCCCGACCAACGUGAGCGGCUCCCCGCAGCUGUGCAGCUCCCCGGACAGUGACGUGUGGAGAGGGACGAGCAUCGCGUCGCUGCGCCGCAAAGCGCUGGAGCACACAGUUUCCAUGAGCUUCACCUAGAGCUGCCGCUGCUGCUGCUGCUCAUCCACGCAGGAUGUUUGUGGAGACACCCACGGCGCGCGCGCGGGCACUCUCUCCGGGCCGGUUCCGUUUGAUGCUGUAACUCAUCAUUUCGCAUGUCGUCAUUUAUUUGUAUAAAAAAACUUUUUGGGGGUUAUUUAUUUAUUUGGCGCUGCGAGACAUUUGCUGACGUUUCUGAGGACGAACUCUGGAAACCUUCACCCCCCCCCCCCCCCGUUGCACAGCAAUCACCUGCAGGGUGGGACCGUGGACGCGCACAAACUGGACCCGUGGAGGUUUUAAAAACCGAGGACGCGUAAAAAAAGGAGAGGACCAGGAGGACUGCAUGUGCUGCCAGAAGCGACAAAAGAAAAUAAAACAAAAAAGAAAGAAAAGAAAUCCACAAAAAGAGGGGAAACGCUAUAAAUAAAAGACUAUACGCUGUUCUAUAGGAUGUUUUGUGUAGCAGAAACUCUCGUUCCCAUUUGGUCAGUUUGUGAUCAGUUCUGUCUGUGCUUAUUCUCAAAGAUGCAUUUCUUCAAUGUCUGAUCCAUUUUGUUUCACGUUUCUAUCGAUUCAGUGUAAAAAGAUCCAAUAAAGCCCAUUUUCGAUGAUGCCACG